GAAUAAGGGCUGAGUUGGUAAUUUGUUUUGCAUCAGAUUUGUUUUAAAUUGUUUAUUAGCUGAUUGUAUUAAUCCUCUUAUAUGCUGAUUUAUUAUUUUGAUAAUCUUCAGGAAUGGCGUCUUCGAGUAAUGUCUUCAAAUAUCCUCCUCGUCUAUAUGCAGAAGGAAAAUCACCUUUGCAACAUAGAAGCAUGAACCACAAUUGUUAUCUGUCCAAGAUUGGUCAAAUCAGAGAAGGAUUAGGUAUUGAUGUGUGGGAUGGAUUGGAGAAAUCAUCACUAGGUGUGUUUAUCAAGCUAGCUGAACUAGAGUACACAUGGGCUGCCAAGAAAGUACAUCUAUUCCUCACAAAUCAGUUGAAAGUGGAUAACUUUCAUGAGAUAUGGUCUAUGAUUGAUGGUAGACCAGUCCGGUUCUCCUUAAAUGAGUUUGCUGCUAUAACAGGACUGAAUUGCGAUCCAUUUGACCCGUCGAAAAAGUUUGAAGCUGAUCACCGUGAGCUAUGGGAGGCAAUGAAAGUACCAAUCUCAGAAGGUCCAAAGUUCAAUGAGUUGCGAACUGUGAUGGAUCUUAGCAAGGCAUGGGACUUAAAUGAGAGGAUGAUGGUGGGUAGGUUGUGUUUAUUAUCAGUGGCAAUACAUGGAGUGCACCACGGAUCUAGAUUUCCUUUGUCUAGUGCUAUAAGAGUUCUUGAUCCAAUGAGUUUUGAGAAAUAUCCGUGGGGACGAGUGGCUUUUGAAUGUCUACUUAAAUCGGUUAAGAUAGUUGACUUUAACAAAGAUGGUUAUGUUAUUAAAGGAUGCGUUCACGCUUUGCUUAUGUGGGUGUAUGAGAGUUUCCCUGGAUUAGGAGAGGGUUAUGGGUUGAGAAGGCCUAUCUUGACUGGUAUUCCACUUCUUGAUUGGCAGUCAACUCGGAAGGAUAUCGACCUAACAGAAUUCAUUAAAAACGAGAAGAAGCUGCAUGGGCAGGUUAGUUUUUGAUCUUUUAAAUGUUGUGUCUUUAUGUA